AUGUCCAUAAUAAAAUCGAAAACCUUGCUCUAUAGAAAUUUCGGAGAUCCGCAAAAAGUUUUGGAGUUGACCGAAGUCGAAGUUAGCACAACUCCAGGCGAUGGCGAGGUUUUGGUGGAAUGGCUGGCGAGUCCGAUAAAUCCGCUGGAUAUCAAUCGAAUUAUGGGACAAUAUAUUAUCAAGGGCGAUCCGCCGAUUAUUGGGGGAAGUGAGGGAAUCGGAAGAGUUGUGAAGGUUGGUGGGAACGCGGAAAACUAGAAAGUAUAUGGAAAAUUUGAUUGAAAAAUCCACGUGGCAAAAAUUAGCGGGAGAAUUCAAUUUUCAAAAAAAAAAUUCAAAAUUGAAUUUUUCCCGCAAAAAUUUUAAAAUUUUCGAAAAGAGUUUUCCACGUGGCAACCAAUUUUCAUUUUGCAAAUUUUGAGCUGAAAAUGAAAAAUCUAAAAUCCACGUGGAAUUUGGAGCAUUUCAAGACUAAAUAUGAGCAUAUUUGAUGUCAAAAUGCUCAAAAUUUCGAGGAUUUUCAGAAUCCACGUGGAAUUUGGAGCAUUUUGAGACUAAAUUGAGCAUGUUUGAUGUGAAAAUGCUCCAAAUUUCGAGGAUUUUCAGAAUCCACGUGGAAUUUGGAGCAUUUCAAGACUAAAUAUGAGCAUGUUUGAUGUGAAAAUGCUCCAAAUUUCGAGGAUUUUCAGAAUCCACGUGGGUUUUGGAGCAUUUCAAGACUAAAUAUGAGCAUGUUUGAUGUCAAAAUGCUCCAAAUUUCGAGGAUUUUCGAAAAUGAGCAAGUUUAGGCUCAAAAUGCUCCAAAUUUCAUGCUGAAAAAUAUUUUCCAGACAGGACCCAACAGCAAAUUCCACAUCAACGACCACGUCACAAUUUUCUCCUCCGAAACUCCGUUUUGGACCGAAUUCGGUAUAGUUUCAGACGAUGAAUUGCAAAAAAUCGAUAAUCGAAUAUCGAUUGAUUUGGCGGCCACAAUAAUGGUAAAUCCACCAACAGCAUGGCUUAUGAUACAUAAAUAUGUGAAAUUAUCGAAAGGCGAUUUUAUCAUUCAAAAUUCGGCGAAUUCUGGAGUUGGAAGAAGUUGUAUUGAAAUAGCAAAAGCUGCGGGAUUCAAAACUAUAAAUAUUGUGAGAAAUCGAGAAAAUAUUGAGGAAUUAAAGACGGAAUUGUGGAAACUUGGAGCUGAUCAUGUUUUUACUGAAGAGGAAUUUGCAAAAGGAGCUAGAGAGGUGGCUGAAAUUUAUCAGAAACUUGAGAUUUUUCACUGAAAAUCCUGAGUUUUUAGGAAUUUUCAGCUAAAUUUUGGCUAUUUCUGAAAAAAAUCCUGAAUUUUCAGCUGAAAAUUUCCCGGAAAAUUGAAAAUCUCGAAUAUUAGCUGAAAAUUGAGGAUUUUCAGCUAAAUGUAGGCGAUUUCUGAAAAUUAUGUGUUUUGGUUCAAAAUUUGGCUGAAAAUCCUGGAUUUUUAGCUGAAAAUUUCCCGGAAAAUUGGAAAUUUUGAACUCUUCCUCAAAAUUCAUUGAAAAUCUUGAAUUUUCAGCUGAAAAUCCCGAAUUUUUAGCUAAAUUUAGGCGAUUUCUGAAAAAAUCCUGAAUUUUCAGUUGAAAAUUUCCCGGAAAUAGGAAAUUUUGAAUUUUUCAUUAAAAUUCAUUGAAAAUCUCGAAUAAUAGCUGAAAUUUGACUAUUUUCAGCUAAAUUUAGGCUAUCUCUGAAAAUUAUGGGUUUUCGUUCAAAUUUGACUGAAAAUCCUGGAUUUUCAGGGAUUUUCAGCUGAAAAUUUCCCGGAAAAUAGGAAAUUUUGAAUUCUUCCUCAAAAUUCAUUGAAAAUCCCGAAUUUUAGCUGAAAAUUGAGGUUUUACAGUUAAAUUUAUGCGAUUUCUGAAAAUUAUAUGACUUGGUUCAAAAUUUGGCUGAAAAUCUUGAAUUUUCAGGGAUUUUCAGCUGAAAGUUUCCCGAAAAAUAGGAAAUUUUGAAUUCUUCCUCAAAAUUCAUUGAAAAUACUGAAAUUUUAGCUGAAAAUUAAGGAUUUUCAGCUAAAUUUAAGCUAUAUCUGAAAAUUAUGUGUUUUGGUUUCAAAUUUGACUGAAAAUCAUCUGGAAAUUGAGAUAUUUUGAAUUUUUCUUGAAGUUUCACUGAAAAUCCCGAAUUUUAGCUGAAAAUUGAGGAUUUCUAGCUAAAUUUAGGCUAUCUCUGAAAAUUUUAAGCCAAAAUUUAAAAAAAAAUUUGCAGUUCAUCAAAACCCUGCCGUCCCGCCCAAAAUUGGCCCUAAAUGGUGUUGGUGGGCGAAGUGUCUUGCAAAUUUCGUCAGUUUUGGAGCGCGGUGGAAUGUGUAUCACUUAUGGUAAGUCUGUGUAAACCGCAAGCUUCCGCGUCAGCGGCACUAUCUUCCGCUUCAGCGGCCACGCGGAUUGCUAUGACGUGGCAAGGGCUCAUAGUAAUCCACGUGGCCGCUGAAGCGGAAGAUAGUGCCGCUUACGCGGAAUCUUGCGGUCUACACUCGCGCACAGCGCUCGGGUCGAGUGAAGCCGAGUGUAGCCCGCAAGCUUCCGCGUAAGCGGCACUAUCUUCCGCUUCAGCGGCCACGCGGAUUGCUAUGACGUGGCAAGGGUUCGCGGAAGAUAGUGCCGUUUACGCGCGGAAUCUUGCGAUCUACACUCGCGCACAGCGCUCGGGUCGAGUGAAGCCGAGUGUAUCCCGCAAGCUUCCGCGUAAGCGGCACUAUCUUCCGCUUUAGCGGCCACGCGGAUUGCUAUGACGUGGCAAGGCCUCAUAGUAAUCCACGUGGCCGCGUUCGCGGAAGAUAGUUCCGCUUACGCGGAAUCUUGCGGUAUACACUCGCGCACAGCGCUCGGAUCGAGUGAAGCGAGUGUAGACCGCAAGCUUCCGCGUAAGCGGCACUAUCUUCCGCUUCAGCGGCCACGCGGUUGACGUGGAAACCAAGCGGAAGCCAAUUUUCCAGGAGGAAUGUCAAAAAAAGCGCACGAAUUCAGCACAUCUGCCCUGGUGUUCAAUGAUAUAACAGUGAAAGGAAUCGCAGUUGGAAUGUGGGCAAGAUUGCCAGAAAGUCAAAAAGAUUGGGCAGAAUGUCUGGAAGAAGUGCAGAAAUUAGCAGUUUCGGGGGAAAUUACAGCGAUUCCGAUGGAGAAGACAAGUUUGGAUGAUUAUCGAAAAGCUUUUGGGAAGGCUAUGGGACAGGGAAGAAGUGUUAAACAAUUGUUUGUGAUUAAAAAUGAGGCGGCGGGAAAUGCGAAAAUUUGA